GGUCACUUUCGCUUUUGCUGGAUUCCUGAAGAUGCGAUUUUUCACGUCGCUGUCCGCCUUGCUUUUGCUCGGCCUUGCCGCCGUCUCUGGCGCCACCAUCGAGGAAGAAGAAAACGUCCUCGUCUUGACCGACGAAAACUUCGAAGAAGCAGUGACCUCCAACGAGUACUUAUUGGUGGAAUUCUACGCCCCGUGGUGCGGCCACUGCAAGUCGCUUGCCCCUGAAUACGCGAAGGCGGCCACUGCGUUGUUGGAAAACACCCCUCCCUACCGCAUUGCCAAGUUGGAUGCCACCGCGCAUGCCAAAGCCGGCGAAAAGUACGGCGUGUCUGGCUUCCCCACGUUGAAGUUCUUCAAGGGGGAUACAGACCCGACUGCCGUCAAGGCGUACACUGGUGGUCGUACCGCCGACGAAAUUGAGAAGUGGGUCAUCAAGAACUCUGGCCCUUCUGUGAAGAUCAUUGAAACCGCUGAAGAAUUGAAGAAGUUGACUGACGCCAACGACGUGGUUGUGUUGGCCCACAUCGACGAUGUGGCCGGUACGCAAAAGGACAUCUUGGAAAAGGUCGCCGACGGCGAAGAAAUCGCUGUUAUCGUUGCCACGACCGACGCCUCGUUGCACGAAGACGCCAAGGCCGCCGGCUCGGUUGUCUUGUUCAAGAAGUUCGACGAUAAGAAGGUUGUGUUUGACGGUGAGUUCAACAAGAAGGACAUCGCGGAAUUCAUUGCCGGCAACAACAAGCCCCUCGUCAUGACCUUUUCCCAAGACAAGGCUUCUCAAAUCUUUGGCGGUGACAUCCAAGUCCACUUGUUGGUGUUCGCCGACUCCACCAAGGACUACUACGAGUCGCUCGUCGAAUCCGUCACCGAAGCCGCUGCCGUCAACAAGGGCAAGAUCUUGCAUGUGAUUGUUCCUCUCUCGGAAACCCGUAUCGUCGAAUACUUCAGCUUGAAGGAAGACGACUUGCCUGCCAUCAUCUUGGUCAACAUGGCCGCCGGCAUGAAGAAGUUCCCGUUCCCCACCAAGGCCGCUGAAUUGACGGAAACGUUGACCGCCGCCGCUUUGAUCAAGUUCGAAACCGACUACUUCACUGGCGACUUGAAGCCCACCCUCAAGUCUGCUGAACCGUACGACGACAGCAACGAAGCGGUCAAAGUGAUCUCGGGCAAGGAAUUCCAAUCCCGUGUGAUUGACAACAAGAAGGACGUGCUGCUUGAAUUCUACGCGCCUUGGUGCGGCCAUUGCAAGACGUUGGCGCCCAAGUACGACGAAUUGGCCGAAAACUUUGCGUCCGUGGACACGAUUGUGAUUGCCAAGAUUGACGCGACUGAAAACGAAAUCGACCACCCCGAAGUGGACGUGAAGGGGUUCCCGACCAUCUUCUUUUUCCCGGCCAACGACAAGGCCCACCCAAUCGCGUACGAAGGUGCCCGUGAAGUGGCCGGCUUCACCGAAUUCUUGAAGAAGCACGCGACCAAGUUUACGUUGGACGGCGAAUCCCACGGCGUGGACCACGACGAACUAUAAACUACUAUUGAAACCCAUACUGUAGCUUCUUCGUAAUAUUAUCGAGUAUUAUGCACGCUUCAGAUGUUUAUAUAUGUC